AUGGGGUUCCAUGAUAGAUGGAUUGGAUGGAAUAAGGGGUGCCUCACAUCAGCCUCUAUAUCUAUUGUAGUGAAUGGAAGCCCAACCUCUGAAUUUAAGCCUCAAAGAGGUUUGAGACAAGGGGAUCCUUUGGCUACCCUAUUGUUUGAGUUGGUUGCUGAAGGCUUGACAGGAAUGAUGAGGGAAGCAACACUAAUAGAUUGCUUCCAAAGCUUCUUGGUGGGGAAGAACAAGGUUUCAGUGAAUAUCCUCCAAUUUGUUGACGACACUAUUUUUUUUGGGGAAGGUUCAAUGGAUAAUGUUAAUGUUGUGAAGGCCAUUCUUAGAAGCUAUGAAAUGGUUUUUGGCCUGAGAAUCAAUUUUGCUAAGAGCCAAUUUGGAGCAAUUGGGCAAUCUGAGGAGUGGUGUUGUAUUGCUGCUGAUUUCUUAUACUGUGCCAUGCUUCAUUUUCCCUUUUGUUACCUAGGGUUGCCAAUAGGUAUCAAUCCGAGAAGGAAGGUGGUGUGGGAGCCUAUAAUUAGGAAAUUCGAGCCUAGGUUGAACAAAUCGAACCAUUGA